UCGUCCAAUUGUCUCCGGAGGGCCCACCCCUCCGCCGCAGCGCUGCUCAGCCUCAACUCACCGACUGCUUCAUGUCAGAAACAGCAGGAACUGAGCCAGAGGUUGGUCGUUUUUAACGCCUAAAGUCGCCAACGUUAGCCUGACGCUAUGCCUCCUGUCCGGGUGGUGCUGCAGGGUCCCGGCCCGUGGGGGUUCCGGCUCGUCGGGGGUAAGGACUUCGAGCAGCCGCUGGCUAUUUCCCGGGUCAACCCUGGGAGCAAAGCGGCGCAGGCCAACUUGUGCAUCGGAGACAUAAUCCUGUCGAUCAAUGGCGAUCCGACGGAGAGCAUGACUCACCUGAAGGCGCAGAACAAGAUAAAGGGCUGCGUCGAGGAAAUGGCGCUCUCCAUCGACAGGUCAGAAACUAAGCUGUGGUCUCCGCUCUCAUCUGAGGAAGGAAAGACACACCCUUACAAGAUGAACCUUGCGUCAGAACCGCGGGAGGUGAAACACAUCGGCUCGUCCCACAACCGGAGCGCUCUGCCGUUUGCUGGUUUUGGCCCAAAGGUGGUGACUAACCAGUACAACAGUCCGUCUGGUCUCUACUCGUCUGACAACAUCAAGGACUUUAACUCCGCCGUGGACGAGGUGAAGACGGUGGCGAGCGAGCCCAACAGCAAAGCGCUGUCAGAGCCGGCGGCGCCGGGAAAGCGACCAGCAUUACCAUCGGACUCGGAGGUCUACAAGAUGCUCCAAGAAAACCAGGAAUCCGACGAGCCGCCGCGGCAGUCCGCUUCCUUCAAGGUGCUUCAGGAGAUUCUCGAGACAGGCGACUCAGACAAACCGUCAGGCUUCAGGAGCGUGAAGGCGCCAACGACAAAGAUUGGAUCAUCUGUUGGGAACACGGAGAAGUUGCCCGUCUGCGAUAAAUGUGGUUCUGGGAUUGUGGGGAUGGUGGUGAAGCUGAGGGAAAAGUUUCGCCACCCUGAGUGCUACACCUGCACAGCCUGCGACGUCAACCUGAAGCAGAAGGGACAUUUCUUCGUGGAGGAGCAGAUUUACUGCGAGCAGCACGCUCGGGAGCGCGUCACUCCGCCGGAGGGCUACGAUGUCGUAACCGUCUUCCCCAAGUAGGGCGCUCCGCCCCCCGGCCUCGGACUGCACGCCGCCUCCCGCUCUCAGACACAAAGAAAGAAAACCGACGAUUUGCACAUUAAUUUUGGCCCCAGAGCCUGAUAUUGAUCAUGAAACUGUGUUCAAGUCCUGCUUUUCUGUAUGUUUUUCUAAAUCAUGAAACAAGUGUUAGUUACCCCGAAUAAAACUUGGAUUUUUAUACAGUGAAUAGAUAUUUUUAUACAGCAGAAACAGCCCAAAGCAUGAUGGAACAUGACUGCCAAAUAAAUCUUUUAGCUUUAAA